AUGAAGAGAAAAUGCGAUCUGUGCAAAAACGUGGCAAGUAUGUACUGCAACUCGGAUCAGGCGAGCCUUUGCUGGGACUGCGACUCUCGGAUCCACGUGGCGAACUUCCUCGUGGCCAAGCACACGCGGACACUCCUCUGCCGGGCCUGCCAGGGACCGACCUCGUGGACGGGCUCGGGCCCAAAGCUCGGCCCGACUUUCUCUGUCUGCGAUAGAUGCGUUCGCUCCGGGAAUGCGAAACUAGAGGAAGAUGAUGAUGAUGAUGAUGACGACGUGGAAGAGGAGGAUGAUGAUGAUGAUAACGUGGAGGCUGACGAUGAUGAUGACGGGGAUAAUCAAGUGGUGCCUUUAUCUCCGCCACGGUUUAUGGCCUCGACAUCAUCUAGCAGCCAAGAGUCUUCGAGCAGAGGGGAGGGAUUAUCGGGCUCGGGUAUCGGGUUUCGGGCUCGAAGAGCUUAA